GCUCGRACGCGGACGGAAGAAGGACAACUCCGGGCCGGGAAAGGAUGCCCACAGAGAUCCCCCACCAACACAGUAACCGGCAGCACCACCAACUACUACUACUAGUACUACGACGACGACGACGAAGAAGAUGACGAUGACGAAGCGACGCUAGGACAGAGAGAACGCACGGACGCAAGAACGCACCACACACAACCGGCACGGCGGCAGGCCAGGCCAGACCGGGGCGGGGCGGGCACGGGUACCUCCCCRGCCAUCGAAGAAAUCCCCCGCCAUGGCCGGCGGUGUUGCGGAGGCGGCGUCGAGGAUCCGCGACCAGCUGGCGUCGUCCCCCCUGGCGCUGUCCCCCUCYCCCGACUGGAUCGAGGAGUGCCUUUCCUCCCUCGACCGGCGAAACAGAACCCACGGCAGCGGAAACGGCCAAGAGGCCGACGCGGUCCUCUUCCGGAUCCUCCACGCCGACCUCCGGGACGUGGUCCGGGGAAGGGCGGGGACCGUCCCCCGCUCGCAAGGGUCCGGGGAUCUCUCGGGGGCGAUCCGCGGUUCGAGGGUUUCGGACCACGGGUUUCGGAAGCGGCUCCCCCUUUCCUUUUCGCUGCUCUGCCAGCUGGAGGAGGUGGUGGACGUCUCGGUCGGCGCCGAGAAGCGCCUCGAGGCGGGGGAUCCGGGGGGAACCAACAACCACAACGGCAGCAACCACAACGGCAGUAACCACAACCGCCGCCACCACGGAUCCAGGUUUCCGUCCCAUAGGUGCCUCAAGGUCUUGCUCUCCGAUGGAUUCGACGAAGACGCCGGCCCCGAACCGGCCCGGAUCGUCGGCAUCGAAACUYYWGCGAUCCCCGGCCUCUCGGCCGCCUCCCUGGCGGGGACRAAGRUCCUGCUGAAGGGUCCCCUGGAGGUCCGGCACUCGCUCCUCCUGUUGCACCCGGGAAACUGCGUGGUGCUGGGGGGCUGCGUCCCCCCCAUGGCCCGGCGCCAGGCGGAGGCCCUGGGGGAGGCCAGCCGGAGGGGCGGGGUGGGGGUCGAUCCGACGAUCCGGGCCCUCAUCGGGACGGGCACCCUCCUGGAAAGCGAGGAGGACGGGGAGGACGAGGGCAGCCACGAGGCCAGCGGGGACGUGGUCGCUGCCGCUGCCCUUCCACAACCGUUGGGGCCGGUGGAAGCAAGCGCCCCCCGGCCGCUUUUCGCAACGGAAGCGUCGGUUGUUUCGUCUUCGUCGUCCUCCCGCGCACCGCGAGCCACGGGUGUGCCCGCUCGCAACCCGAGCCGCACCGAAGGCUUCGCGGUCGGCACACGGACAGCAAGGGCAGCGGGCCAAGGGACGGCACCGGCUCCGCUUCCGAUGCGGAGGCCGGCCACGACCGCGGCAUCUCCGCCCGGUGCAAGGAUGCGCAAUCCGUACAGCAGCCACAGCCACAGCCACAGCCACAGCCACAGCAACAGCAACAGCAACAGCGGCAGCAGGACCAACGGCAACGGCAACACGACCGCUGCCACAAGGAAUCCCUACCAUCGACCGCAGCAGCAGCAACAACAACAGCAGCAGCAACAGCAGCAACGACAGCAACAACAGCAACGACAGCAACAUCAAGAAUCGAGGCCGGCGCCUGCAUCGAACCACAACCACAACCACAACCGCAUCAACACAAACACAAACACCAACAGCAACAUCAUCAGCAACACCAACAGCAACGAAAGCGACACCGGCCGCCACCGGAACCAAUGGCGGGAGAUCGGCGCGACCGCCGCGGAUUUGGUGCGGGGCGGAACCGAAGGGCACCCUCCGCAACAACAGCAACAGCAACAGGAACAGCAACAGCAGCUGCGGGACGCGCCACCGGCCACCGCCACGGGGAAAGCGACACCGUCUCCCCCGCCGCCCCAGAACAGCGUGACGCCCACGCCGUCCGCGGCGGCCCCCUCGCGAUCCGGUCCCAAGAGCCCGGGAAGCACCGCGAGUGCAGGGACGAGCACGAGCACGAGCACGAGCGUCCAGAAGAUCACCUUUGCCAACCUCCGCAAGCUCCUCCUCGCCCUCGCGGGCAACCGGGAGAUGUACGAAUCGUACGCGUGCAGGAACGACAAACCGAUCGUCUUUCUGGUCGAGCUCGMRGCGCGGGUCAAGAACCAGGCCGAUCUCUACUUCGACGUCGUCCGGGCCAAAAAACGCGGGGACAAGGCCCGGACCAAGGGGAAAAAGUACGAGUACUUUGCGUCGGCCCGGUUCUCGUGCGGGGCCAGGGCCGGGCCCGCAAGAACGCAAGGCAGCRGAGAGGAAUCCACCGUCUCGUGCCGGAUCCACCCGCGGUGGAUCGAGCCCCACUUUGUCGUCCCCGCCCACGAGCUCCGCGCCCUGAACCGGACCAACCGCUCCGAGUCGCUGCGGAUCACCAACGAGUGCGGGGAAAAGGUCCGGAGGACCUAUUUCUCGCCGCGGAGGUGGAGGGCGACCCUCAACCCGGAGGCCGACGAGGUCUUUGGGGGCAAGGGCGGCGAAGCCCGGACGGCUUUGGAGAAGCUAGCGGACCUGAAGCUGCCCAUCUUGGUUCUGGAACCGGGGGACGAAGAAGACAGAGCAAAGAACUAAUAGGAAUACUAGUACUAAUCAUAAUAGCCGGGGUUGCGUUAUUGUAGCG